AUGUCUGGUGGUCUUGAAAGCGCACUGGAAAAUGCAGGUGGUACUGGACACUCCAGCGAAGGUGUCACUGUCAAGACCUUCGUUGCUUCGCUAGCCACUGCCAUCAUUGUCUUUUCAGUUGAAUUCCUCCUGUUCCUUGUUUUGAAAGGGAAACUUACCCGCAUAUAUCAACCACGAACGUAUUUGGUCCCUGAUCGAGAACGCACUGCGCCAUCGCCUCCUGGUCUGUUCCGAUGGAUUGGUCCUGUGUUUCGCACAUCUGAUUCAGAGUUCAUUCGCAAGUGUGGAAUGGAUGCAUAUCUAUUCUUAAGAUACCUGCGUAUGCUUCUCAAGAUCUUUCUACCAUUGGCCAUUCUUGUGCUACCGAUCCUACUUCCACUGAACAAAGUCGGUGGGAAAGACACAAAUUACCAAAAUGGUACCGACACCUCUCCUCGCUGGAAUGUCACCGGGCUAGACCAGCUUGCUUGGGGAAAUGUCUCCCCGGAGCACACGCACCGCUACUGGGCACAUCUGGUGAUCGCUGUCAUUAUUGUCGUAUAUGUCUGCGCUGUAUUCUUCGAUGAACUGCGCGGCUACAUUCGUCUCCGACAAGCAUACUUGACUUCCCCACAACAUCGAUUACGGGCAUCAGCUACGACUGUUCUGGUAACAGCAAUACCACAGAAAUGGCUUAGCCAAGAAGCUUUGCUGUCUCUGUACGACGUAUUCCCCGGUGGGGUUCGCAAUGUGUGGAAUAAUCGAAACUUGGACGAGCUUAACGAGAAGGUGAAGUUGCGAGAUUCAAUUGCCCUGCAGUUAGAAGCAGCAGAGACGGAAUUGAUCAGGAAGUGCAAGAAAGCCCAGUUGAAACAGGCAAGAGACGCGGCUAAAAAGACUGGAAGACAUGGAGAAAUGGACGGCGCUAAAGAGAAAUCGGAUAAUGCGUCUCCGAUGGCCUUGAGCCCGGGAGUCAGUUCUGGGAAUCCGCAUCAGGUCGUCCACACUAUCGAUGAAGCCUUGCACCAACAGACCGAUACGGCCGGCCCAAGCAUUUCCGAUGGUGAUGGACGUCAAAACAAUAGCCAUCGACCUGCUGCAACAAAACUAGGAAAGUCGGUUCUCGGGAGCUUCAAGAAGGUCGAAGGCGGUUUUGAUCAUUUUCUAGCGGGGGCUCGAGGCUUUGUUCCACCAGAAACAACUCCUCCGCUUGGACAAGGUGAUACGGUGGGAGCUGGCAUAGGCCCUGGCUAUAACUUCCACAGGAACGACCUUAGCAGCAGUGAGGAUGCUGGACAUCCACAUCAAACCUCGAAGAAUGAUUCAAUGGGUUUGGGUCUCAGACGGCUUUCUUGGAGGAAUCGGCUUCCAUCCCAGUCGAAGAUUAACACUGAGGUAAACCCCCGGGAGGACGAGUAUCCUUUAACAAGGCUCGAGACCCCUGCCAGUAGACCGACGACACAAGGCUCCGGGGCGUCCAACUUGCGAGAGGAAGAGAAAACUCGCAGCCGAAAGGAAACAGAGAACAACGAUGGAAAAGAAUAUCCCAUUGCAUACAACGAGAAUUUUGACAACGAGGACUUCGGGGAGCCACUUUGGAGGAAGUACAUUAAAGAAAAGGAUCGCGAGACGAUGCGUUUGCCUCUUUUUGGUAUCAGUUGGAUGCCAUCGCUUUGGCUCAUUGGCAAGAAAGUGGACACUAUCGAUCACUGCCGCAAGGAACUGGCCAGACUGAAUCUGGAGAUCGAAAUUGAUCAACAGCACCCCGAGAAAUUCCCGCUGAUGAACUCUGCCUUUAUCCAGUUUAAUAAUCAAGCGGCUGCCCAUAUGGCUUGUCAAGCUGUCAGUCACCACCUCCCAAAGCAGAUGGCCCCUCGCGUAGUGGAGAUAUCCCCUGACGAUGUGAUCUGGGAUAACAUGUCCAUCAAAUGGUGGGAGCGUUAUAUCAGGACAUUCGGUAUCCUUACGCUUGUAUGUGCUAUGGUGGCUGGGUGGGCAUUCCCUGUUGCGUUCACUGGCCUGCUCUCUCAGCUUGCAUAUCUAGAAAAUGCUUUUCACUGGCUGAGGUGGAUAAGCACGCUACCAACAUGGUUCAUUUCCGCUGUCCAGGGUAUUCUGCCAGCCCUUUUCCUCGCCAUUCUUAUGGCCCUGCUACCCUUGAUUCUUCGGUUUCUAUGUAGAGCUCAAGGCGUCCACACGGGCAUGGCGGUCGAAAUUACCGUCCAGAACUAUUACUUUGCCUUCCUCUUUGUCCAGUUGUUUUUAGUCGUUUCGGUUUCGUCCAGUUUCUCGACCAUAAUCGACAAUGCCACAGAUGUCACCAGCUGGGCCUCUGUCUUGGCGCAAAAUAUACCCAAGUCUAGCAAUUACUUCUUCUCCUAUAUGAUUCUCCAGGCAUUAUCAGUGAGUGCUGCCGCGUUAGUGCAGUUAUUCAAUCUAGUCAGCUGGUUUGUGCUUGCACCGUUGCUGGAUACAACUGCAAGGAAGAAAUGGGCGCGAACGAUGAAUUUGAGCCAGAUACAAUGGGGUACCUUCUUCCCAGUCUACACAACCCUAGCAUCGAUAGGGUUGAUCUACUGCGUCAUCGCGCCCUUGAUUUUGGUCUUCAACGUGAUCACAUUUGGCCUUUUCUGGAUUGUCUACCGCUACAACACGCUUUAUGUUACCAAGUUUCGAUUUGACACUGGGGGACUGCUCUUUCCCAAAGCCAUUAAUCAGCUGUUCACAGGGCUCUACGUGAUGGAGCUUUGCUUGAUUGGACUGUUCUUCUUGGUCCGUGAUGUUGACGGCCGUGUUGCAUGUAAGGGCCAGGGAAUUUGCAUGGUUGUUGUCCUCAUCCUCACGAUUACAUACCAAAUUCUCCUUAAUGAGGCUUUUGGUCCUUUGAUUCGGUAUCUACCAAUUACUCUGGAAGACGAUGCUGUUCGACGAGACGAGGAGUUUCAGCGCGCCCAAUGGGAAAGAUUAGGUCUUAUUAACAGCAGCAGAGGAGGACAUGAUUCCACUGAACACCAGAUAACAGAGGUCGAGAGCCGAGAACGACAAGGUGGCCAAACAGCUCAAGCUAUAGAGCUUAAAACCCUCGAAGAUGCCAAUUUAGAGAAGAAGACGCGGUUCCCAGAGCCACAGAUGCCUGCCCCCAGGCGCCAGUCCUGGGCAGAUCGUUCUGUACACCAGCGUUCUAGAUACUUUGGAGGCCACAGAGACGCAACUAUUCCCAGUGUCCGUCAUAUGCAAGAGAAGUUGGCUCAUGAUGCUGAGGCGCAAGGGCCCGCAACUAACACGGUUGGCCGCGCAUUAUUUGCCGGCAUACAUGACGAGCUAGAAGACCUUACCCCAGACGAGCGUGAUCUGCUUGUGCAGCGGGCGUUUCAGCAUGAAGCACUGCGGGCCAAACGACCAGUAAUCUGGAUCCCGCGAGAUGACCUCGGUGUCAGCGACGAUGAGGUGUAUCGGACACAGCGGUUCAGCAAACACAUCUGGAUCAGCAAUGAAUAUCAGGCACUGGACGGCAGGUGUCGUCCGAUCUUCAGUCGCAGUCCUCCAGACUUUUCCGAAAUCGACCUGAUUCAGCUGUAG